GGCCAGGCCUCGGGGGCGGGAAGAGCCCGUCCCAAGUCACCCCGAAAGGGCGGGCCAGGGCUCACCCCGGAAGGGUGGGUGUCCGGGUCACCCCGAGAGGACUCAUCCCCCCAGGCCGCGCCUGAGCUCACCCGGCGGAGCAGGCUGUUCUGCCCGCCUCCAGCCUGGUGACUCAGCACCCGCACCCGGAGCAACCGGACUUUUGCCCCUUGACCGCUCCCAAGGCUCUGCCAGCGUCCUGUUGGAUCCCUCCCUGGCCUCCCUACAGCGCCAGCCCAGGAUGCAGGGAGCCGCGGCCCCCAGGGGCCAAGGCCGAUCCCCCAGCAAGAAGGACACUCUGGGUCUGCCCUGGGUAGUUCCACUCACCUACGUGCUGGCCGCCCUGGAGCUUACCUGCCUCUUCAUGCAGUUCUCCAUCCUGCCAUAUUUGUCCCGGAGCCUGGGCCUGGAUUCCGUCGCCUUUGGCUACCUGCAGACGACCUUCGGGGUGCUUCAGCUGCUGGGCGGGCCGGUGUUUGGCAGGUUCGCAGACCAGCACGGGGCGCGCGCGGCGCUCUCGCUGUCCUUCCUGGCGGCCUCGGCUCUGUACCUGCUCCUGGCGGCCGCCUGCAGCCCAGCCCUGCCCGGCGUCCUCCUGCUCUUCGCCUCCCGCCUGCCUGGAGCCUUCAUGCACACGCUGCCCGCCGCCCAGAUGGUGGUCACCGACCUGUCUGCGCCGGCCGAGCGGCCCGCGGCCCUGGGCCGGCUGGGGCUGUGCUUCGGCGUCGGCGUCAUCCUCGGCUCCCUGCUCGGCGGGACCCUGAACUCCGCGUGCGGGGUCCACUGUCCAGCGAUCGUGGCACUUGUGGCCAACCUCCUGGGAGCCAUCAUCAGUGUCACCUGCAUCCCAGCCAGCACCAAAGGGGCCACUGUUGAUGUCCAGGCUCCUCCCCCGGGUGGACCCAAGGCCAGUGUGUUCGACCUGAAGGCCAUCAGCCGCCUGCUCCUGCUGCCCGGCGUCUUGCCAGUCUUCCUCAUCAAGGUGGUCUCUGGCUUCCCCUCAGGUCUCUUCAUGAUCAUGUUCUCCAUCAUCUCCAUGGACUUCUUCCAGCUGGGGCCUUCCCAGGCUGGCUACCUCAUGUCCUUCUUCGGGGUCCUGCAGAUGGUGGUCCAGGGCCUGGUCAUCGGGCGGCUAAGCAGUCACUUCUCCGAGGAAGCCCUGCUCCGGGCCAGCGUGCUGGUCUUCAUGGUGGUGGGACUGGCCAUGGCGCUGAUGUCCACUGUCCUCCACUUCUGCUUCCUGGUGCCUGGCCUGGUCUUCAGCCUCUGCACCCUCAACGUGGUCACCGACAGCAUGCUGACCAAGGCUGUCUCGGCCUCAGACACAGGGACCAUGCUGGGCCUCUGUGCCUCUGUGCAGCCACUGACCCGCACCCUGGGGCCCACUCUGGGUGGCCUCCUGUACCGCAGCUUUGGAGUCCCCAUCUUUGGCCAUGUGCAGUUUGCUGUCAACUUCUUCCUCCUCCUGGUCCUCUGGAGGAAGCCCAUGACACACAAAAGGGACAAAGCCUGGUGACCAGCCCCAGCAAUAAACUUUCCUGGGACCUC